AUGGUCGGUGGUGAAGGCGAGGGCGAAGGGCGAGAAAAAAGGCGAAGAAACGCUUCUCGAGAUCGGACGAAAAGGACCAGGAUAGUUAAGACAACCAACCCUCAGGCAGCGAGAGACGACACGACAGCAAACGAACGUCGACGGCCAGCCACCAGCAGCGGCAGCAGCAGCAGUCUAGGAGAGGGUAAAAACGGGGGACGCCAGGCCUGGGGCGGUUGGAUGUUUCAUGUGGCCGAAGAGCGACAAGAGGCAACGGCCUGGCUUCGUCUCCUUUCGUUUCUUCUUCUCUCUGGCUUCCGUCGAGUUUCAGCAAGCGCCCGGAAGCAAAACCGCCAGGACAGAUCGAAAUGGCCGGCCAGUAGAAGCGAAGAAGUAGCAGAAGUAAAAGAACCGACAGUCAAGAGGAUCAAGAUCGAGGAUGAGGAUCAGGAUAAGACGUUGCUUGCUGUUCAAACGGUGCAGUUUAUAUAUCUACUGUACAUCGGCCUGGCUAUAUAUACAACCAGGCUGAGCCCUCGCAGCGCGAUCAUCUUGCCGCUGCUUCGCCAUCGUCCGCCAGACGGGCUUGCUCUUGCAUGA